GGACGCCCUGGCGGAAGGAGCAGACAGAGGACCUGCAGCGGGUGCUCAGGGCGGUCAACAGGGAGAUCCCACUGGUCAUCGUCAGCGGCAACCACGACGUGGGCAACGUCCCCACAGCUGAGACCAUCGAGGAAUUCUGCCAGACUUGGGGAGACGACUAUUUCAGCUUCUGGGUCGGAGGCGUCCUGUUCCUGGUCCUCAACUCCCAGUUCUUGUUCGAUGCCUCCAGGUGCCCUGCCCUGAAGGAGGCCCAGGAUCGAUGGUUGGACCAGCAGCUGAGCAUCGCAGGGCAGCAGAGGUGCCAGCAUGCCAUCGUCUUCCAGCACAUCCCCCUGUUCCUGCAGAACAUCGACGAGGAUGACGACUACUUCAACCUUACCAAGUCCGUUCGGAAGGAGAUGGCAGACAAGUUCAUCAAAGCAGGUAUCAAAGCUGUGUUCUCAGGCCACUACCACAGGAAUGCUGGGGGCACCUACCAGAACCUCGACAUGGUGGUGUCGUCUGCCAUCGGGUGCCAGUUGGGCAAAGACACCCAUGGACUCCGAGUGGUGGUGGUCACUGCAGAGAAAAUUGUGCAUCGAUACUACAGUUUAGAUGAGCUGAGUGAAAAAGGAAUAGAAGACAAGCUACUGGAUUUGAUGAAGAAAAAAUGAUUGCCUUUUAUAAUCUAUGCUCUUUUCACUUCCACUAUUUUUUAUUUUGCCAGAAACAGCAGCUGCACCACAGCCCCUUGUGGAAAUGUAAAAGCAGACCCAGCAGGUUUGUGAAUUUAUGUCCUUUUGCAUAAAUCAGAGAGCUGGGUCCUAUCCUAAAUGAUAUUCAAAAUAGAACUUCUUCCCUUUAAAAAAGGAGAGAGGGAACGUGGAAAUAAUUUUUUUAAAAAAUGGUAUUUGACUCUCUCUGCAUGGAUGUUUGAAUAAAUUCUCCUAAUGCAGUGUUUCUCAGUGCUGCUGUUGAAUUAGAUUGUUUUCUGGUAGUGCGUGAUCCAUGUCCACCUAUCGACCUUCAUCCCAACUUGAUAUCCAAGUGUGAGCUUUGAUAAUUCCUUGAACAAACUGCAUCUGAUUAUAUUAAAUUGUGGUCAUGACUCCCAAAAUGCAAAGCAAAACAAAGGUCAUUUCUGUUCCUUCCUAACAAAACAAAUAGCUCUCCCUCCCAUUACCAGAGCCACACAGACUUAUUGUAACAAGGAUCCAAGUAGCCAACAUUUGCUGUUAAAUUCUGACAUUUCUAUUACUGCUGAUGAUAGGAACAGAACACAGUUCAUACCAGUCAGACUUCCUUUUUUUUUUGCCCUCCUGGUGCCUAGAAAAGUCACCUUUGCACAUCACCUGGCCAUUUAUGAGAAUCUCAUCCAAGAGACUAGACCUGAGGCCCUAAAAUACUGCCUGUGCAUUCACUCUCUUGGCAGCACAUUCUGAGUUGGUCGUCUUUCACAUUCUGGCGCUGCAGUAGCCCUGCAGAUGGGUGUUCUCGUGGGAUCAGAAUGCCCCUCAAUUUCUGAGACUCUUAACUGCAUCUACUUCGACAGAAAGAAUGGGAACGGAUGCAGAGUUCUGAAAAGAAAGCAGAAAUUCUGCUGGGGCUAAAACAGUGUCUUCAGCCAUAAUAUCUGAAUUGGCAUCGGCUUUGAUUACAUGCACCAGUGCAGUAUUUUUUAACAAAAUAGCGUGGGUUAUUUACAAUUGGCAUUGUUUUUGUGUCAUCUACUUUGCUGUGUCUUCUCAGCAGCUCCUAAUCACUGUGUAAUUGAAUCCACAUAGUCUUUCAACCGUUGUCCUGGUGGACAGGGAACCUGGGUACUCCACAUCCUGCCAGGGAAAUGCAACAGUGUUAGGCAGUAGUGUUCUGUAAUCCUAAAACGCAUAAACAUGAAAUGCAAAGUCUCCAUUAAAUUAAAAGACUUUUUUGUUAAAAAGUUUUAGUCACCGUAGCAAAAUCGUGAGAAAUUAAAUAGAAAGAUAAUUGGAUAUGUAAAUUCAUAAGGAACAAAAGAAGAGAAGUUAAUUAUACUGCAGACUGGUGACACACCAUAGCUCAUUGUUAUGUGACACAAGAAAAUUCAAAUUUUUUGAAACCAGAA